CUGUCGAGGUGUCUCGGUGAUAUUUGCGAGCGGAGAUUACGGUGUCGGGGACGGAGAUCCUGAAGCAGAGUCACAGCAAUGUCUCAGUACGACGAGGCAUCGGACAAGAUUUAUCCCAGCGUUCCCAGCGUGAGUGGCUGAAUGAUUAUUCAGAUGUUAGCCUCACGCCAUCGACAAUCAGCUCCUGUCCCUAGUGCGCGCUGUCUGUUCUUCGCUCGGGAUGUCGUCUGACAAAUCGAAGUGUGACUGCGGUCGGUGGGACGAUGGGUAUUCCAGAGGUGGCGGCCGCUUUCAGUGGCGGCGGUUUCAGCGAUUACUUUGAGAGGCCAGCGUAUCAGCAUAAGGCUGUCGAGAGAUAUCUCCACAAGCUUCCCCCCAAGACGUACGAGGGACUGUUCAAUCGGGGCGGAAGAGGGAUCCCAGACGUUUCGGCGCAAUCUCACAAGUUCUCCAUCUACUGGCAGGGGAGCCCGAUCACCAUUGGCGGCACCUCGGCCUCAGCCCCGACCUUCGCGGGAAUCGUCGCCCUCCUCAACGACGCACGGCUGGCCCGGGGCCGACCGGCGCUCGGAUUCUUGAACCCGCUGUUGUAUAAACGUGGGGUACAUGCGCUGAAUGAUAUCGUCGAGGGGAGAAAUCCGGGCUGCGGGACCGGUGGAUUCAAUGCUACAGAGGGUUGGGAUCCUGUCACUGGACUUGGGACGCCCAACUUCCGGGAGCUCUUGAAGGUCGUGCUGUGAAGCGCUGAUAUCGUCAAUUGCAUGCAUGCAAUGGAUUCUGAUCUGCGUAGAUUGUACAUAUGAGACUCCGAGAGCGGACCGGCGGCCCCGUACCUAUCUUAUUGAUCGAUCGUACUAGUUGUUGACAGCGUCUACCGGCAACGCCCGUUAUCACCUUAGCUAUUGCGACCGAAACGAAAACCCGAUUUUUU